AUGGCUCAUGAUCUUCUUGUUGGGUUGUUAUUGGUCAGCCAGGACAUUACAGAAAAAGUGAUGGUAGAUUUUGUUGGUGGAUCAUUUCUUUGCAAAUUUUUACAAUACAUAAAGGGAGUGGUGCUGUAUGGCUCUACCUAUAUCUUGGUGUCCCUGAGUAUCGACAGACUAGACGCGGUGGCGAGACCCAUGAGGUUCUCCAGAAGAGAAUUUAGAGCCAAAGUCCUGAUAUCUGCGGCUUGGAUUCUGUCCGUGUUGUUUUCAGUACCGACAUUGGCAUUGUUUGACGUCACUAGUGUCACUUAUAAUGGGAAAAACAUCACCUUGUGUGAACCUAUUUUCCAUCAUGAAAAUGAACCAAGGAUUUACCUGACUCUCAUUGCCAUUGCUGCAUUUAUAUUUCCCGCCAUAAUUAUUGCCGUCUGCUAUUGUGUCAUCAUUAUCGUCAUCUGUCGGAGUAGCAAAGAAGUUCAAAGGGGAUCCUGUAACUGGACAUUUCAAAGACAAGAAAGUAUACUUAGCAACGGUAAUGUGGAAUCCUGUCGUAGUAAUCCUUGUUUAGCAGCACGUGGAAGCCAUAUUAUAGAGCGAGCCAAAAUUAGGACCGUCAAGAUGACAUUCUUUAUUGUCUUGGCUUUUAUAUUAUGCUGGUGUCCAUAUUUUGGAUUUAUGCUUCAUCACGUGUAUGAAAUGGGAAACCCGAAUACAAGCACAUUAAAGGCGGUAACGGCGAUUAUUCAAAGUCUCGCACCUCUGAAUUCUGCUGUAAACCCAAUAAUAUACGGAGUUUUCAGCACUAGAAUUUGUCGAAAUUUAAGACGUGUGCCAUUCUUAAGACACUUUGUGUGUUGUGGUUACGGUGCUCGGCGGUUUGGAAGCAGAACAUCACAUACCUCUAUUGUGGAAGGCUUUUAUCUCAACGACAUCUCUUCGCUGAGACGUCGGCAGUGGUCAGGAUCAAAAUGGAAUCCUGACACCGAUUAUCGAACUUCCUAUAAAAGAACCAGCAGACCCCUGCUACACAGGGACUCGUCAUCUCUUAUGCUUGGACAACGGAAACCAGAACGUCCAAUUUCCCACAAUCCAGGGAGUUCAUCGUCCAGUAGACAGAAAAUAGAUAAUGAAGUAGAUUUAAUUCUAUCUAGAAGACCAGGAAGGGGAGUUCCUCUACUCAGCAGGGAACUUUCUGACGAAGACAGUGAGCUACUGAGGUCUUUCACUUUGCCGAAAAAGUAGAAAUCAUGUAAAGAUGAAAAAUGAUAAUUGUGACCUGACAACGUAGUAUCGCAGCAAUAUGUUUGCCCGUCAACUUUAGCAUAGUGAUACUAAACAUGACAAUUCACUCAGAGGGGACGUAUUGCAGAGAGACCUAACACCCAUUAGUGUUUAUGGAAUGAUCCAAUACAAAGACUCGUGGUAAUUGUGCAGAAAUGAAUUAACCAUCGUCAAAUGGUAUAAUAAGAGCAUAACAAUGUGUCUCAUAUGACAGUACUGCAGUCAUAGGUACAUGUAUAUACACAAGGAUCUCUGAAUGCUAACCAUUUUGAAAAUAUUUCUGUCUGCUUGGUUCAAUCAUUUCAUUAGUUAUGCAUACGUAUUUACAUGUAGUACAUUGUCGGUUGUCGUUGAUAAGUACUUAGGUUAAAGCUGUAUGUGCCAUGCUGAUACUUUGGUGGUUUUGUACAUUAUAAAGUACCGAUAGCGUAUUGUUGAAUAAAUGAAAACAUUAGUUAAGAUUUCCAUGAGAAACGAUCCAGUGUUUAGUUUCUGCAUUGAUGGAGGAUGGGGGUAAAGAUAAAAGUUGUUAAAAAGAGGGGUAAGUUAGCACUUAGAAAACAUGGAUAUGGUACAUGUAUAGUUAAAAAAGAUAAGUAAGAAAGCUAUUGGGAAACAGGAGUACGAAUACGAAUGAUUGAGUUUAUUGUGUUGUAUAUGUGGACACGCCGAGAUUAUCACGAUAUGGUUUAAUAGUUAAUGGAUGCGGAUUUUGUUUUCUAUAACUACAUGUAUAUACUGGCACACUUUACAGUCAAUUGGUGGAUAGACUACAUAGAUUCGACAACUUUUAAUAGUUUUAAAUUAAGCUUCACAUAACACAUAUCUUGAUGUGUACGUAUCAGAAUGGUGCUAUACCCUGUGUCCUACAAGAGUGAUUUAUGUUUAUAUAGGAUAUCAGAUCGUACAACUACAUGUAAUAAGAUUGUCUUGGGGAAUAUAACUAUUUAAUGUACGUUAUCCAACGUUUUUUGAA